CAUUUUGCAACACAGGCUGUCUGUUGCUGUGGGCUUCGCUCCUCACCUUCAGCUUCAAGAACAAACUGCGAGGGAAACACACAUGAUAAAGUCGUGACGAUCGCAUGGAUUUACACGGCAAUAUUUUACCAAAAGAUACAAGGCACCCGACUGGAUUCACCAGAAUUUAUUUGUCACACAUUUUUCUUGAAAAAUGCAUUUUUCUUGAAAAAUGUGUAGCAAAACAAAUAUGAAAAAUGGUACUUGUGGAAUCUGUGUGCCGAAUUAUGUCCUGAGUGUGUGUCAGAGAGGAAAGGGAAUGCAGACUGGUCAGCUCGAGCUUGUCUGAGAGCGUGAUGCCCAGACGGGGGUUGCUGCUCCACGGCCGGGUCCGCUGGCUCUUCCUGGGCCUCCUCCUGCUGCUGGUACUGCUGUUUUUCGCCUACCUGCUGGAGUGCACCCCUCAAGCUGACGUCAGCCUGGUCCUGCCCGGCAUAGCGGGGGAGCCUUACGGAAAGGAGUACUACCAGGCCCUGCUGCAGGAGCAGGAGGAGCGCCACCUAAAUCGCGCCGGCAGUCUGAAGCGGCAGAUUGCACAGCUCAAGCAGGAGCUGCAGGAAAUGAGCGAGAAACUGAAGCUGCUGCAGGACAAGAAGGAGCUCCCCGAGGUGCAGGGCUUGGCCGAGAACAAGGAGCAGGAGCCGGGAGAUCUGCUGGAUUAUUUGCACUCUCAGAUCGACAAGGCUGAGGUGAACACGGGGGCGCGCCUGCCCAGCGAGUACGCUCUGGUGCCCUUUGAGAGCUUCACCUCGUCCAAGGUUUACCAGCUGGAGAUGGGACUGACGCGACACCCGGAGGAGAAACCUGUUCGCAAAGAUCGGCGAGACGAACUGGUGGAGGUCAUCGAGGCCGCGCUGGAAAUAAUCAACAACCCUGACGAGGAGGACGGCGUGGAGGAUGACAUGCCGAUGCAUAGGCAAACCUACAAAGAGGCCCACUUCAUAGAAGGCAUGUACAGGACCGAGCGGGACAAAGGGUCACUUUACGAGCUCUUCUUCGCUAAAAAGGAGUCUAGCACCUUCCGGCACGUCACCCUCUUCAGGGCUUUUGGUCCGCUGAUGAAAGUCAGGAGCACAACUGUAGACGCAUCGGGAAUAAUUAUCAACAUCAUUGUGCCACUGGCGGGCAGAGUAGAAACCUUUUUACAGUUCUUGCAUAACUUCAGGGAGGUGUGUGUACAACAGGACAAGCGAGUUCAUCUCACAGUGGUUUAUUUUGGCCAAGAGGGGCUCCAAGAGGUGAAAUCAUCUUUGGAAACAAUGUCAAGGGAGGAGAGUUUCUCAAAUUACACUCUGAUCCCAGUGGAUGAGGAGUUUUCCCGAGGUCGGGGGCUGGAUAUUGGAGCACACGCUUGGAACAAAGGCGACGUUCUCAUGUUUUUCUGUGAUGUCGACAUCCAUUUCACGUCGGACUUCCUGAAUACAUGUCGUCUCCAUGCAGAUCCAAACAAGAAAGUCUUCUAUCCAGUGGUGUUUAGUCUUUACAAUCCUGCCAUAGUUUAUGGAAAUUUGGAGCUGGCUCCACCUGUUGAACUUCAGUUGGUUCACAAAAAGGAUGCUGGUUUUUGGAGAGACUUUGGCUUCGGUAUGACGUGUCAGUAUCGCUCAGAUUUCCUAAAUAUUGGGGGUUUCGAUCUUGAUGUGAAAGGCUGGGGUGUAGAAGACGUCCACUUGUACAGAAAGUAUCUUCGGAGUGACCUCGUAGUGAUCCGGACGCCGGUGUCCGGUCUCUUCCACCUGUGGCAUGAGAAGCAGUGCGCAGACGAGCUGACUCCAGAACAGUACCGCAUGUGCAUUCAGUCCAAAGCCAUGAAUGAGGCCUCCCACUCCCACCUGGGAAUGCUGGUGUUCCGGGAGGAGAUCGAGGCUCACCUCCGCAAGCAGGCCUUCAAGCCUCAGAGCAAACCAGAGGACUGAGCUGCUCUCUGCGUGUCGGUGUCACAUCAGCAUCAAGUCUGUGAGAUGCUGACAUUAUCAAUGCACAGCUGUAGACAAGUGAAUGUACAAGAAACAACGUGGCUCGUUGAGCUACAGCAAUCUAAAAAGAGCAGAUGAUCACAUCACUUACCCUGCUGCGAUUCUUAUACAUUUACCCAAAAGUAAGUUAUUUUGCUUGCAGGUAUUGACCAUUUACCAACUGUGAAAUGGACCCAACAGUGUAAGCACCAUUGUUCUCACUGCUGCUGAGUUACCUUUCGACUGUGACCUCAGCCAAUAGAUUUCAGCAGUUUGCCAUUUCUGAAAUCAAGGUGAAAUUCCACUUCUUGCAUUACAGAGCGGCGGCACGGUGGGCGACUGGUUAGAGCGUCAGCCUCACAGUUCUGAGGACCCGGGUUCAAUCCCCGGCCCCACCUGUGUGGAGUUUGCAUGUUCUCCACGUGCCUGCACUCCGGGCACUCCGGUUUCCUCCCACAUCCCUAAUAACAUGCAUUAAUUGGAGACUCUAAAUUGCCCGUAGGUGUGACUGUGAGUGCAAAUGGUUGUUUGUUUGUAUGUAUGUGCCCUGCGAUUGGCUGGCAACCAGUUCAGGGUGUACCUCGCCUCCUGCCCGAUGAUAGCUGGGAUAGGCUCCAGCACGCCCGCGACCCUAGUGAGGAGAAGCGGCUCAGAAAAUGGAUGGAUGCAUUACAGAGCUAGUUAUUUACUUUUGAAAAUGAGGGGAAAUCAACCUUUUAUGUCUUUUGGAGCCAUAUUGUUCAGUUAGUAUUCCAUUUAUUAGCUGUUUGAUAAAUGGGACCUUUUUUUUUUUAGUAUUUUCUGUGACAGUCACUGUCUUAAUAGAGAAGCAUGUUAUUGUGAUUGGUGAAGUUGCAAAGAUCUAAUGUGAGCAUGCAGAACUAAUUUUGGGUAUGAAUGUACCUGUAUUUUUGUUUUCUGAAACGUGUUGUUCGUGCCCAGCAAAGCUUAUUGGCACUAUUUAUUCCCAGCACUGGACUGUGUUGGAAUGGUACACUCUUGUAAAUAAUUUUACAAAAUGUCUUUUAUUCAUGUAAAUCAAUUAUUUUGAUCUCAUACCCACGUUCUGAUGUUUUGACACCGGCAGACCCCUUCACUUUUGUUCCAGAGACCAUGUUACUGCUGAGGUUAGAAGCAUAAAGUCAUCAGUGGACCCCAGAAACUGUUUCAGGGCAGGUGGGGAGUAGUUCUAUGUCUAAAGAUCAGUCUCACGAUGCUGUGUGAUCUUCAUGAAUGUUACUGCAACUAUUAAAGCUUUUGGUAGAACAGUUGGUUCAUUUGGUUAGUAUAUAUUGUCUUCCUCUCAACCAAACAACAACAUAAAAAAAAAACGUGCAAGGAAAUGGUUUAUUGGUCAAUUUGCCCAUGGAACACACAGAAGGCUAAAAUAACUGGUUCUACUUAAUUCCGAUCGGUUGGCCUUUUAUCUAAUGAUACACACCUUCCUUAUCCAGCUCUAUAAUUUAUAAAAUAUUGCUGUACUUGUCAAGUCUUUUAAUCUACAAGGGAAAUCAGUUUUCUUAAUUUAAGACAAAUAGUAUAAUACGGUUGUAUUAUAAAUUUGCAUACAGUCCAUCACAUGUAUAGAACGUAAAAGAAAGAAAUAGCAAAUAUAAUCCAGGAAAACGGACCAAGUGGAAAAGUCUUUCAUGAUGUGGGGCUUUAUUGUGCUAAUGCACCAUGUGUUCUGGCUGGACCCCCAUGCUUUUGUAGAUCUCCUUGAGGAUAAGCAGAGCUGUGUCUUCAGAUUGCCUACAAAACACCAAUUUAAUAUUCAUUAUAGGUAGAAAUGUUCAUAUGAGGAAACUUUUUCUUUUUUGAAAUUAAAACUGCUCCCAGGUGUCUUCAUAAAAUGUCUCUUGAGACCUUGAAUUUAACUUGUUCUGGGGGGACACAUUACUGUAUCAUGCAAAUCAGCCACUGUUGUCCUGCCUCCCUCUAAUGUGGGGUGUGAGAAUGAGAGUGCCAGGGGCAGUACUGUUCUGUAGGCACUCCCCGCAAAAAAACUUGAGUUUGAAGUGAGCCCAUAAAGACAUUAAAAGGCAGCAUGGAUUGUAUUUUUACCGGAGGAGAUGGCACUUCACCACCAAGCUGCCUAAUUACACUCGUCAAUUAGCGUGGGGAUCUGUGCAUGUGACGUACGCAGUGGACACAUUGCCAAACACGAAUAAAUGAGUCUGGUACCAGUAGCAGAGAUGACUCUGGAGGGCGAACAGGUACUCAUUAAAACUCUCAAUGGGCUUCUCCUGCAGGACAAAGUCGAUCCGAUUCCCUCCAUUCAGCAUCCCGAUCCUAACCUCAGGCUCGUCUUCUUUGUGUGGUUCGGGGAUCUCU